UUUAAAUGGGAAUCUAGAGCGCAGAGAGGAAAAAGAGACGCAGAUUGAGAAACCAAGAGAGAGAGAGAGAGAGAGAGCAGCCAAAAAGAAAAAAGUGGAGAAAGAUUCAUUUUACGCACGGGAGAAACAGGGAAACGUGUAGAAGAAAGGAAGGGGGGAGAAGAGGAAAAGCGACAUCGGAUUUUUCUCUCUUUUUCUCUAAAUUUGGCUUCUUUCACUCUCAUGACUCCAGGAUUCCAAUUCCAGUUAAAUUCAGCCUGUCGGGGGGAAUUGAUGGUGUCUUUCCGGGGAAGCAGAGCCGAGGGGAGGAAUCUGAAUGCGCUCGGCUGAACCAUGCCAGCCCUGUGGAUCCUAACUUUGGCUAUCACUUUGAACCAAGUGUGGUGCAUUCGCUUCUCCCAGGAGCCCGCGGACCAGUCAGUGGUACUGGGAGAACGGGUGGUGUUGUCCUGCGUGGUCUUCAACUACAGCGGCAUCGUCCAGUGGACCAAGGACGGCCUGGCCCUCGGCAUCGGAGAGGGUCUCCGAGCCUGGCCCAGGUAUCGUGUGCUGCGGUCUCUGGACAUCGGCCAGUACAAUCUGGAGAUCUCCAACGCUGAGCUGUCUGAUGACUCUCUGUACGAGUGUCAGGCCACCGAGGCCGCCCUGCGCUCCAGGAGGGCCAAACUCAAUGUGCUCAUCCCUCCUGAAGACCCCGAGGUUGAUGGGUCCCCGGAGCUCCUGCUGAUGGCCGGGACUCCGUUCAAUCUGACCUGCGUGACCCGCGGGGCCAAGCCUGCAGCACACAUCCAGUGGACCAAGGAUGGAGUCAUCGUGGAGGGGGCCUACCAGUCCACGGAGGUGCUACCCGACAGGAAGAGGGUGACGACCAGGAGCUACCUGCCCAUCACACCCACUGACACCGACAGCAGCCGCAACUUCACCUGCGUGGCCAGCAACCCGGCCGUGCCGAUGGGCAAACGAGCCACUGUUACCCUCAACGUCCACCACCCUCCUAUGGUGACCCUGUCCAUUGAGCCUCGCUCCGUCCUGGAGGGCGAGAGGGUCACCUUUACCUGCCAGGCCUCUGCCAAUCCUCCCAUCAUGGGCUACAGAUGGGCGAAAGGCGGCGUGCUGCUGGAGGGGGCCAGAGAAAGUGUGUUCGUCACCACGGCGGACCACUCCUUCUUCACCGAGCCCGUUUCCUGUCAGGUUUUCAACGCCGUGGGAAGCACCAAUGUCAGCAUCCUGGUGGACGUGCACUUUGGCCCAAUUCUGGUGGUGGAGCCCAGGCCAGUUACAGUAGACGUGGACUCUGACGUCACUCUGAACUGCAAGUGGUCUGGCAACCCCCCUCUGACCCUCACCUGGACUAAGAAGGGCUCAAACAUGGUGCUCAGCAACAACAACCAGCUGUAUCUGAAGUCAGUGAGCCAGGCCGAUGCGGGCCAGUAUGUCUGCAAGGCCAUCGUGCCCCGGAUCGGCGUGGGAGAGACUGAGGUUACGCUCACUGUCAACGGCCCCCCCAUCAUCUCCAGUGAUCCAGUCCAGUACGCCGUCAGAGGGGAGAGAGGGGAGAUCAAGUGCUACAUCGCGAGCACCCCCCCACCUGAUAAGAUUGUGUGGGCGUGGAAGGAGAACGUGUGGGAGAAGGAGAAGGGAACCCUGAUGGAGAGGUACACCGUGGAGCAGAGCAAACCUCCAUCCCAGGGCGGAGCCGUCCUCUCCACCCUCACCAUCAACAACGUCAUGGAGUCGGACUUCCACUCGCCCUACAACUGCACCGCCUGGAACUCCUUCGGACCCGGCACCAUGAUCAUCACCCUGGAAGAGAAGGAUAUUGUUCCAGUGGGAAUUAUCGCCGGUGCUACGGUGGGCUCCUCCAUUCUGCUGCUUAUGUUUUUACUGGCGCUCGCCUUCUUCCUCUACCGCCAACGCAAAGGCAGUCGGCGGGGUGUCACCCUGGGUAAACCAGACAUAAAGGUAGAGACGGUCAACAAAGAGACCCACAGCCUGGAGGAGGAGGCGGCCGACGUCUCCACGGCCACUCGAAUGGUCAAGGCCAUGUACUCCUUUCUGCCCUCUGUUUCCCUCUCUCCCUCCACUCAGCCGUUCAAAGACGACAUGGACCUGAAGCAGGACAUCAGGAGCGAGAGCGACACCAGGGAGGAGUACGAGCUCAAGGAUCCAACCAACGGCUACUACAACGUUCGAGCCACCACCCACGAUGAGGCACGUCCCCAGUCCCGUGCCAUCCACUACCAGGGGGAGUUUCGCUCACCGAACCCAAACAGUGGACCAGCCGGGGCCUCUUCCAGCGGACCCUCAGCUGCCGCCAGCGGUGCCGUUCCUCCCAGCGCGGUGCCAGGCUCAAGGGCAGGUUGCUACGACCCCAGACCCCCUUCUAGGAUGUCCCAUGCCACCUACGCCCAGUUCAACACCUUCUCCAGGGUGGCGCAGAGCCAGAAAGUACCUCCCAAUCCAGCUCUUCAAUCACCUGGAGAUUACGCCGGAGACUGCGGCCUCCUGGACAGCACGACGCAGCUGGCUUAUGACAACUAUGGAUACCCGUCCCAGUAUCCCAGCUACCGCAUUGGCUUCGCUCCGCCCAUAGAGGAAGGGCCGGCCUAUGAGAUGUAUCCAACAGGACAAGGGACCGGGCCGGGGCCGGGACCAGGGCCAGGGCCAGGGCCGGGACAACAAAGUCCUGAAGCAGGGCUCGGGCAGUAUGGGAGCUCCACUCGUUUCUCAUACUCGUCUCCACCCUCUGACUAUUCCCAAAGACACACACAGCGGAUGCAGACUCAUGUUUGAGAAAUGUACAUACACACUCUCUACAUACAAAAAAACAAACAAAAACAAAACAUCAAUCGUUUUUUUGUUUCCACGGCAUCCAAUGCAUGGAAUUUGGUUCAUUUUCUGAACCAGUAAAAUACUCCAACAGCGCACAGUAGUUAGCAGCCUUGCGUAUAAUACAGUUAGCAGCAAUACAUACAACACAUGAACCGUGACAUCGUCACACAUUUGCGCAGACCUUCUGUUGCGUGCAGUGUUUCUGCUCCAACACAAGCAACAGCGAGAGCCACAAUCAUGAGAAAAAAAGAGAAGAACAGCACUUUGAAGACAAGAAGAAGAAGAAGAAGAAGAAGAGGAAGAGAAAGAAGAAGAAGAGUGCCAGAAGCUGAGGGAGGAGCAGAGGAGCCUUUCUCUUCCUCAUUCCUCACUUUGCUCCUGGAUUUUCUUCCUGCACCACAUUCUCCUCCCACCCCAUCUCUGUAAAUAAGUGCACAUGGAGAUUUGGGUCAUUUUAAAGUUAUUUCCUUGUACAAACCUAUACAGUGUGAUGCAGUACAGUGACUUACAGCAAACGUUUUUGCAUUUUCUGACUUUCACAUGUUGAAAAAAAAACAAAAAGAAACACAUACACACAGAUCUUUAAAGACUUAUUUGUUUCGAUGUGUUGCAGCAACGGGGCAGCUUCGGUUUUAAAUAUAUUUGGCACUUUUUGCUCCCUCUUCCUCAUUGAAACCUGCCCAGUGGCCAUUGCUUACAAGAUCUACCUUGAUUGAAGCGGGGACAGAGCUUCUUGAAGCGGUACAGUUAGUGACCAGAGUGCCAAUGCUUAUGUGCCAACACACACACACACACACACACACACACACACACAAACCAUUAAGGUGUGUCUUCUUUUGUAAAGACCGGACAAUGAGAUGCUCUGGACAAAGAGUUUUUUGUACGAGCCACUGAGAAGAAAGGAACGGAGUGGUAGCAAGCGUCUCUUUAUGCUCAUCUCUCACUUUUUUAUCAUCAACAUCCAUUUCUAUACCUAACAUUUCAUUCGAGGUCAAUGCUGUAUAAGGUAUUUGUGAAACGAGGUGUGGCGGGAGUGCUUUUUCAUCGGACGAAUUUCUGCGAUUUGUACAAAAAGAUACCUCCCCUACCCUCAAGUGUCAAAAAGUAUGUGUUUCUCUCACUUGCACAAUAGGAUAGAUUUUCUUUUCCAUAUUUAUACCGAAGCGUAUGAAAAAAAAAGGCAUUCAGAAACAUUUUAUAAUAUUUUUAUAAGGAGUUGUGGACCAAAGGUUCAGUGUUUUGGAUGAAAUUCACUUUUUAAUGUGUACGUGACCGCUAUUGGAAACAUUUUGAGUUUCUCAAAAAAGCGAUGGAUGUUGUUUUUAAAGUGGAUGUUGUAGACUUAAAUUAGAAAAUCUGAGGAGCUUCAUUCCAAAAUGAUAAAUAUCCAGCAAAAGGAAAAUCUGUUUGGUGGAUAUUUCUGUUUGGUGUGAAUCUCUUUCUUUGACUUCCAGUCUUCUGACUGGACUGCCUUUUUUCCAACGUCGACGACAUUCAAAUUGAUGGAUGGAGAACAAGCAGAUGCUCACUUUGAGCUGUGCUGUAAACUUUGCAAGCAACGAGAAGGUUCAAGUGUAGUCUAACAUAUCAAAAUGAAGGUACAGAUGGCUCUCUCUAGCUCAUAUGGUACUUUGUACAUUUAUAUGUAAUGUAAGUAUGCUGGUUUGUUCACCGCAACAGAAAAUUUGGUGGUAUUUUCUGGCUGAGAUUUUUCCAUUAUAUUGUGCCAGCCUUGGUACAUGUGAUUGGCCUUCAACUGCACCGUUUCAGAAUUCGGUCAGCGUGUAAAGUGUUGCUACUCUCGUCUAACCUCUAAUGAGGCAGCUACUGUACGAGUCCUUUGUUUUAAUGAAUCCCCACAAGCUUCUUUUCACCAAGAGAGAAAAUUGAAUCUGUCUGUUAAGUCUUUGCACAAGGUUGGGUCUCACAUCUUCUGCAGCUGUUGUAAAAACUCUAGUUUUUGUAGCAGUUCAGUCUGAAUUCACACCACGAUCAGCUCACAAAAGGUUCACAAAAGCAAUGUGGAUUCCUGACUACUGUAGCAACUGAGUGCAGCUGCAAAGUUUGAACUUGAUUUCAAUUAUAAAUAAAAAGUUGUUAGUUGUUCUCUAGUUGUUGAAAAAGUAAGCCUUACUUGUGAAAAUAAGUCUCAUUUUGAUUAUUUUAGAGUUGAAAAGAGUUGACCCAGCAUGAGUUUAAAGACAUUUAUUUGACAUGUAUGCUGCACUUCAUGUUCUUCUCGUACAAAAAGACUGUCAUUUUGCAAAAAUUACAUGUCAAAGGAAACAAUCAGACACCCAAUCUGAUUCUGUAUAGUCCGACUGCGCUCUUCAUUGUACCUUCGCACAGCUUCACCUUUUCCGGUGACAGUCUGGUGUUAACCUCACAGCAGCAGCAUCACUCUUUGCUGUACACUGAAAUUGAAGUGAUAAGGUUCCUCCAGUAGUCCAACCUUUUUCCUGUUUUAAAAUUUGUUUUCGCAACCACCAGUAAUUGGUUCAACGUUGUAUUUUCACCUUUUCUUAUGCUUUAUCGGAUAGUCAAAGUAAAGAGGGACUUGACGCGACAGAGAUUCACAGACUUCUAUCUCUGCCUUACAUUUCUGAGCAGUUAAAAAUGAUAGCAGAUGAGACGGUGCAUUAGAAAAGCCCAGAGGCGGCAAAGUGAAGCCAGAAAUCUCCCAACCUCUAGAGGUAAUCAUUGAGUCUUAAUACUUAUCAGCCACCCUAUCAACCCCUCACAGAUACGGCAUAUUAUGGUAAUUUUGUGCUAAAGGGUAAUAAAAAUUGUAUUUAUUGCCACUGUUUUGAAUAAACACUUUCAGAAGGGAAACCAGCGCCACACCGUUUCUGAUUAGAAUAUCAGAUGGAACCUUGUAGCUCCAAGGUCACUAUUAAAACCAUUUCAGUAGUUAUAGGGAGAAGAACGGGCAGAUGGAGCCCUCUUUUAAAUUUAUAUGGUUAUCACAGCCUUGGUACUGCAUACUAUUACCUCUUUGCAACCUUUUUACAGAGUUGUAGCUAAGCAGUAUUUUGCAUCUGACUUGAAAUGUUGUUGUGACCUUGUGUAGAAUGGGGAAGUUUGACACAGAAGAGGUACUGAGGCACACGCCGAGCCCAUCCAGGUACUUAGUCAUUAUCUCAACUAUUUACAGCCUGUUGACAGUGGGGACGCAUAAAUAUGUAAAAGGAGGUGGCAAAAAAUGCAAAACAGAUGUUCAGAUUUGGCUCGACGAUCAGAAAGUAUGUGGUUUAGAAGGGAAUCUGGAAAUGUUUCCUCCACUAGGUUGUUAGUUCAUUUUUUCCCUCUCUCUCUUUCCCAUACGUACCUGUCACCAUGGUACUUAUACUGCACAUUACUCUCAACUCGCGCCCCCGUGUCGUAUUAAUAGCCACCUACCAGCUUCCAUGUUUAGAGGUUGAAACUGUCUUUUCAUUAAAAAAAAAAACAAAACCUCAUUACAGCAAAGCAAAAGUUUCUCUCAAAGCUUUCUUCCAAAUUUUCUUUACAACAAUAACAUAUGGAGUAGCAGUCUAGCUUGCAUUAAUGUGUGUGUAUGUCGGGGGGGUCGGGGCGGUCUGUUUUUUUGAGAAUAUAUAGCUUCAUUAGCUCAUCCUCGUUUAUUUCUGGAUUCUUUCUAUGGAAAUCAGUAUUUGAAAUCUUAUUUUCUUGGUAUUACUUUGUGGUGCUGCAUCACCAGUGGAAGAAAUGACUGUGGUCAAAAGUGUGUGUAUUUUAACUUUUAUAUUCAGUAUUUUACUUUAUUUUGUAUGCAUCAGAUUGGGAGGGAGGACGGAGGCUGUGAUUAAUCAACCCAGCGAAAGGGUGGGGGCGUAUGUCUGUGGCCAAAACGACUGCUCAGCCAGGCCACAAAUAGCCAAAACUCAGUCUCAACUAGGCCAACCCAGACUAGAACCAGGCCAGACACACAGCUAACCGCUCUAUUCCAUGCUGUGCUGUGCUGUGCUGUGCUGUGCUGUGCUGUGCUGUGCCAACCCUGGCCAAGACAGACUCAAGUGGCUCAGUGUCCAUUUUUACCUUUUGGAGUCUCCAGCGAGUGCCAAAAGACUGCAGAGAAAAAUGAACUGAGCAGACAAACAAAUGCAGCAGCCAUGUGUGUGUUUCACUUCUCUCUCUGUGUGUGUGCGCAUGUAGUGUAUGCAGCCAUCUGUGAACAUGUAUGUGUGCGUGUGUGUGCUGGCAGCCUGUGUGUUUUCAUGCCAUUAUAGAUGUGUUGAGUUCACUGGACUGUGGAAAUUAGGGUUUGACUGAUCACUUUGAACAAAUGAACGAACCAGUGAGGGUUAGGAUUCUCACCUGCUGGUAUGAUGGAGGUUCCUCCUGACUGCAGCUACAUUCAAAUAGUCCAAAAAACCCACAUGUAGAUUUACUUUGCAGAUAUUUUUGUGGAAAUGCUGUUAAAGUUAUAAUCCUUAAGACUUUCAGGAUAUCAAAUCCCAUUUUGAUAUGAUAUGAAAAUAUGCAUUUGAAGGUAUUUCAGUGUGACUGGAGGUGUCCACCUUUUCAGCACAGGAUUCAGUGUGUUUAUUCCCUCAUAAGGAUGUACACAAACAUUUCAUUUGAAGCAGAAGACAACAGUGGGCCAGGAGUUCAGUUCUACCGUUAAAAAUGACUCUUGUUGUCUUUGUUCUUAUUCAUUAAAAACAAUAUGAUGUGACGAAUCCCCUCACUUUGUUAGCCUGGUUCCAUACCUUUAGAUCAAUGCCUCCACUGUUGAUUUCUGUCAGUGAUUCAAAAAAUCUUGGAGCUCAUUGAAAGCUGCACAAAAACAACAGAGCUUUGCAGGCGGGAUUAAGGACGGUUGCAUCAUCUUCCUGUGCCUGUUUUAGCCUGAAGACUUAACUCCUUUCAUGAAAAACAGAGGCAAGGAACAAGUGUGAAUGAAACUGAAGGGGCUUAACAGGUCGUCAUGAGCGAAUAAACAAGUAACUCUUAAAUCAGGACGUUUCCUCAGUCAUUGUUAAAGGUGUUGAUUGAUCCUACAAAUCUGCUAUCCCAGCCUCCGUGUUAAGUAAAAGUUAUGUAGGAGGUGACAGAAUAUGGCACUCGUAAAGGACAGCAUUGCCACGAUGUCAGACUGAAUAAUAAAGUGAACUGACCAAUUGGGUUUCUCCGUCGGUGUCGCCCCUUUCAGGCUUCUUUGCUGCCCUUAGCAAUAAGCUAACGUGCUUCUGAAUCAGCUGAAAUCUGAAGGACUGUAACUUCAAACUCCCAUGAAAAACUGCCUGCAGAAACUGAUCUUAGAAUUUGAUUUAAUCAUCAACUUCCUGCCUUGUUUUUAUAUUCAGCUGGAAAUGCUUUAGGAAUGGGGGAAAAAAAUCAAAACCUUUUGAAGAUGUUAAAUCCGUAAAACCGUAUCAGUCAAACCCUAGUAAGAAAGCAGGACAGCUGGUGAGACAGAGUGAAUUAGACACUGCGAGGCCUUAGGACACGAGGACGAAGCCGAGCUUGUCCGCUCGUCCCUCGUCCAGCUGCUGAGCCCGUCUGCUAACAGGAUUAACUGAUGUUCAGCUCAGUGUCGUUAAGCAAAUGAAGACAAUGAUCAGUGAGAAGGAUUCUGUAUUGCACUUGAGUGCAUGUAGGUGAGAGGCGAACAGUGUGGGUGUUCAAAUAAGCAUAUAUUCUCCAUACUCCUUUGUUUUUACCCCUAUAUAUUGUUCACAUGUGUAUUAUGUUCAUGUUGGGUUUGAGUACUUGUUAUCCCUUUUAUUCAACAAAAAAAGUGAACAAAACAUACGAGAUAUUAUGAAAAAUUUCAUUUAUUUUCAUGUUUCUCCGUUUGAUUUUUGUUUUUUUCAAAUUGUAUGUAAUUAUUUUUCCACAGUAUUACACAAAAAAUAAAAGAAGACACGGCUUUCAUAAGAACGGCAGCAAAGGCUCCUUUCUUUCUGCACGUAUUCGUUAUAAGGAAGCCUGGCUUACAGGCGGUUGUUUUUAUGAAAUCAUAUUUUGUGUUUUUAUGGGUGAGGCUCCAGGAUGAAGCUUAAAAAAGGGGUUUCAGCUGUGUACUUUGGAAGAAGUUUGCACAUCACGCACAGCGCUGUUUAUUUAGGUCAAACUGUGACUGACAGAUUCUCACGCUGAGCAGCCGAAGUCGACAGAAAGUGUGUCUAUGUAUAGCACACAGGCAUGAGGGCAUGGAGAGUGUUUUCACCUGAGUGUG